GGGAGCCUGACAGGGCAGCCAGGGCGAGCGCUCGACUCAGUCCCCGGGCGGCGGCGGCGGCGACCGCGGCGGUGGCCGGGGGCGCCCGACGGCCGGGGCGGCGCCGCCGCUGCUGCUGCUGCUGCUGCUCCGGGGAGCGGCCGGCGGCGGGGGCGGCGGCAGCCCGCACCAGCCAUGCCGAAUAAAAACAAGAAGGAGAAAGAAGUACCCAAAGCAGGGAAAAGUGGGAAAAGUUCCAAAGAAGGACAAGACACCAUAGACUCAGAGCCAAUCUCCAGCAGGAAAAACAGCCUCGUGGGCAUCCAGUCCACCUCCAAGAUCAAGGUGCCAGUGCUGCAGCCCAUCGUGAAAAAGGACAAGCGGCAGAACUCGUCGCGGUUCAGCGCCAGCAACAACCGGGAGCUCCAGAAGCUGCCGGCUCUCAAAGAUGUUCCGCCUGCCGAUCAGGAGAAGCUCUUCAUCCAGAAGCUGCGGCAGUGCUGCGUCCUCUUCGACUUCGUCUCCGACCCUCUGAGUGACCUCAAGUGGAAGGAGGUGAAGCGGGCCGCGCUGAGCGAGAUGGUGGAGUACAUCACCCACAACCGCAGCGUCAUCACCGAGCCCAUCUACCCCGAGGUGGUCCACAUGUUUGCAGUUAACAUGUUUCGAACAUUACCACCUUCCUCCAAUCCCACGGGAGCAGAGUUUGACCCCGAGGAAGAUGAACCAACGUUAGAAGCAGCCUGGCCUCAUCUGCAGCUUGUGUAUGAAUUUUUCUUAAGAUUUUUAGAGUCUCCAGAUUUCCAACCUAAUAUAGCGAAGAAAUAUAUUGAUCAGAAGUUUGUAUUGCAGCUUCUAGAGCUCUUUGACAGUGAAGAUCCUCGGGAGAGAGAUUUUCUGAAAACCACGCUUCACAGAAUCUACGGGAAAUUCUUAGGCUUGAGAGCAUACAUCAGAAAACAGAUUAAUAAUAUAUUUUAUAGGUUUAUUUAUGAAACAGAGCAUCACAAUGGGAUAGCAGAAUUACUGGAAAUACUGGGAAGUAUAAUUAAUGGAUUUGCCUUACCACUAAAAGAAGAGCACAAGAUUUUCUUACUGAAGGUGUUGUUACCUUUGCACAAAGUCAAGUCUCUGAGUGUCUACCACCCACAGCUGGCCUACUGUGUCGUGCAGUUUCUAGAAAAGGACAGCACCCUCACUGAGCCGGUGGUAAUGGCACUCCUCAAAUAUUGGCCAAAGACUCACAGUCCAAAAGAAGUCAUGUUCUUAAAUGAAUUAGAAGAAAUUUUAGACGUAAUUGAGCCAUCCGAGUUUGUGAAAAUCAUGGAGCCUCUUUUCCGACAGUUAGCCAAGUGCGUCUCCAGCCCACACUUCCAGGUGGCGGAGCGAGCGCUGUACUACUGGAAUAAUGAGUACAUCAUGAGUCUGAUCAGUGACAACGCAGCCAAGAUCCUGCCCAUCAUGUUCCCAUCCUUGUACCGCAACUCCAAGACCCACUGGAACAAGACAAUUCAUGGUUUGAUAUACAACGCCCUGAAACUCUUCAUGGAGAUGAACCAAAAACUGUUCGAUGACUGCACCCAGCAGUUUAAAGCAGAGAAACUCAAAGAGAAGCUAAAAAUGAAAGAACGUGAAGAAGCAUGGGUUAAAAUAGAAAACCUAGCCAAAGCAAACCCCCAGUACUCAGUGUAUAGUCACGCGAGCACCGUGAGCAUGCCGGUGGCAAUGGAGACAGACGGGCCUCUGCUGGAAGAUGUGCAGAUGCUGAGAAAGACAGGGAGCGACGAGGCUCGUCAGGCCCAGAAAGACCUGAAGAAGGACCGUCCUCUUGCGCGUCGCAAGUCCGAUCUGCCUCAGGACCCCCACACCAAGAAAGCCUUGGAGGCUCACUGCCGAGCCGAUGAGCUGGUCUCCCAGGAGGGGCGCUAGCUCCCUGGCACCGCGGGGCUGCGCAUGCACCUUGCGAGGCUCCGGCAGCUGUAGAAAAGAACUCACUUUCAUGUGCCAUACCAGUCAGUUACACUCACAACCCAGGCUUUCUCCAACCUGUUAUGUAAGCAGCCCUGUA